AUGGAGAGCUUCAACAAGAACACGAACUCCCAGCUUCCCUCACUGCCACCUCUGCCACCCUCUCAUCUAGGGUGGCAGAGCUCAAGCGCCAACUCUCCCAUUAUCCCAUUGGCACCACCAUCCUAUGAUAUCAGUGGUAACGCAGCUGACAGAGCCAAAGGACUUGCACUAGCACCAGAAACUACUCAUGAGCCCAACUCUGAGAUCCAGGUUGCUGAUCUAGAGGAUGAGGACCUUGAAGAGAUGGACGCCAAGCAGCAGAAAAAGGUUUUGGCUAGCAGAGAGUAUUCACUCAGGUAUCGGGUCAAGCAGGCUGCAUAUGUUACGAAACUCGAAAACGAAGUGAAAGUACUCCAGACUGAAAUAGCUGUCAACACUCCGAGAGUCAAAUAUGCGGGUCAUCGUAAUAAGUUGCUGAGGGCGGAAAACCAUGCAAUGAGACAAAAGCUUUCUGCAUAUACUGACGAACUUAAGUUCAAACAAGCUCAGUAUGAGGCACUGGUGAAGGAGAGAGACUCUCUGAGGCAGCUCCAUCAAGCUCUUCUACAACAAGGAGCAGCUGAGGCCUUCAACUCACCAGAUUAUCAAAUGGUCAAUUUGGGUCUGGACCAACCUGGCUUUGGGCUUGGACUUGCUGAUCAAUUCACCCGGCCGGCUGGCCUGGUUGACACCCUGAUGCUGAACCAACCUGCUGAUGAUCUGAACCAAUAUGGCUGGCCAGGACAGUCGUUUGUGGAGAUGAAUGAUUUGGACAUGCCUAAUAUGGGCACAUUCAUCGACCCUUUUGAAAUGAAUCAUUUGGGUAUGGACAUGGAUGAUCACAUGGCCAUGAAUCCGCUUAACAUGAUCAAUAAUGAUGGUGAUGAUGAUGCUGAUCUGCAAGACCCAGCUGGGCCCUCCUUCAGGUUCAUGUGA